UUGCUGGAAAAGGCAGGUACAGUCACAUCCUGCUGGCAUGCAAAAAGAUAGGGGGUGGGAGGACAGGAGGCUGUGUGUCUAUUAAGGGCAAAACCUUAUGAAUUACUUUAUGAUACUGUAUAUUGCUUUUGUAAAACAUCUGACUCUGCUUUUGGUUAGAUUGCCCAACUGUUGCAUGACUUUUUCUUUGUGUGUCCACGGGCAUGCAGUUUGUGUGUGCCCGCCAAGUUUUCAUAGUGGAUGAAUGUGUCAUGUUUUUUACUGCACUUUGCUUGAGAUUAACUGUUCACCUUUUACGGUCAGGAGGGAGGUAGUAUUGUCAUUCAGCCAGAGAAGGAGGAGGGGUCAACAAACAAGCGAGUCGGGAGGGAGGUACAGAAGGAAAAGGAGUGGCCUUCUGCUGAUAGUUGCCCUCUCUACCGGAGUAAAGUCUUCUCUCAGUGGCAGCUUAUAGGAGGGAAAACAAACCAGAAGUUUUGAGAUACAGAGCAGGGAAGGAGAAAAAAGAAAAGACAGAGCUGUCCUCAACCCGAAUUUUCUCCCAGGCUGUAUGUAGGUUUUAUACAGUCAUGGCAUCAGCAGCUCCACCAAAAAGGAUGGUGUCUUCUGUCUUCAUCACUCUUGCGUCUCCUCACCAAGCCACUGUGACACAGCAGCCGCCUGUCCUCCAAGCUCACAGUGCCCCGUCCAGAGACAAGCAGCACACUGCUGCACGAAUAAACCCAAGCGACUACAUCCCCACCACGGGACAUAAGAAAGAGGACAACUCACAAUCUGAGUCCUGUGGCAGCGUAGACAGCAAAGACUGGACUUGUACAUCUGCCCAACCUGGACCCGGCAGAGGACCGCUGCAAGAAGACUACAUAGGUGCUGCAGAGCUCUUCCCUCCUCCUCCUCCUCCACCUCCUCCUGCUGCUGCACUGUCUUCAUCUGUGGGAGAAUUGCUCUCUGAAGAAUCAAGACUUCCACCACCUCCUCCUGCCCAGUCGCCUCUCUGCCCAGGCCGGCAGCCAGUUUACAACAGAGAGGUGGAAACAAGCACACCAUCUAGUGGGUUAAAACCAGAUGAACAGUCCCAUGGGAUCUAUAAAAAUGGCCAAGACACGAGCAGGGAGAGUAAAGAGGUGUGUGGCUUCUGUCGGAAACCCGUGGCUCUUUUUGAACCUGCAAUAGAGGCCUUAAACAGGACGUACCAUGAUGGUUGCUUCCAGUGUAGAUCUUGUCACAUUCCCCUGGCGGGUAAACAGUACUACAACAAGGCAGGAAUCCCACUCUGCGAAGACUGCUACCAGGCCAGUCUGGAACUUUGCUGGGCAUGUGGGGAGGUUAUCACAGAUCAUGUUAUCCGGGCACUGGAGCGAGCAUACCACCUUUCUUGUUUCAACUGUGCAACAUGUAAACAGCAAAUUGGAGAGCAAGCUUUUGCUCAGGGAGAAGUUGGAGAAGUGUAUUGCCUCCAGGACUAUUACAGGAAGUAUGCUCCAAAGUGUAAUGCCUGCAACCAGCUAAUCAUUCCAAAGGAAGAUGGUACUGACAGCUAUAAUGUUAAAUGCCUGGGACGCUCCUACCAUGAGAACUGCUACAGAUGUGAGGUCUGUGUCAUCCAGCUCUCUCCUGAACCAAACGAGCGUGGCUGCUAUCCUUUGGAAGGGAAAAUGCUUUGCAAAUCUUGCCAUCUGAACCUGGUUUCUGACCAGCACUAACACUGGCCUUACAGCCCGGGAUAAACUGCAACAUUUUUUCUCUCCUUUUUUACAAUGUAUCAUGCUUUCUGAAGAUUCUCCUUUUAUUCUUUUAUACUUGAUAAUUUUGCACUUGAACUACAAAAUGCACCAAAUAUAUUUAUGCAAUAGCCUUUAUAAAACAUACUGCAAGCAUUAGUUGAAUUAUUGGAAAUCUUAAUCAGUAUACUGUUUCUCACAUUAACCCUUUAUAUAUAUAAAAAUAUAAAGUUUUACU